UAAAUAUGAAAAAUAAAGUCUUAUUAAACUCCUAAAUUUCUUCACCCAACUAAACUAACAAACCGAACAAAAUUCCCAAAGGAAAAAAAAAAUAAAAAAAAGAAAAAAAAAACCACAAACGCCAUUCCCGAGAAAACCAAAAAACCAACCAAACAAACAACGAACCAAAAAAAAAAAAAAAAAAACCUCUUAAAAGGCAUUUUCUCCAGGAACAAUGCUCUUCCUCUACUUGCACUCUCUCUCUCUCUCUCUCUCUCAGGGCUUUUUUUUGUUUUUUUGUUUUUUUUUUUUUUCACUUUCAGUUUCUCUCUCUAUAACUCGCUAGCUGACCCGUCUUCAGCUCGCGAUUCCACUCGCACCCCAUGGACGAUUCUUCACGCCGGAAACCGAGUCACCGCAGGGAACCGCAGUCUCGCCGGAGAUCAUGGUGCUGCUCGUUUGCCGUCCCACCUUCGAGCCCCGAGAACCUCUCUGCGUACAAUCCCAAAGCACUUCACCAGAAGACCGACUCGCUAAUGAAACCGACAAGCAACUCGGUGCCGAACUCGCCGUUGAGCUCCAAGUCCGGGUUAGGUUUGGGCCGGAUCGAUCCUCGGAGGAUCUUGUCUCCAGGCAGAGUCUCGCCGAUCGACUCCGAUCCUACCGUCGGUACGGUUCAAGAAAUGGAGUCCCAUCCGUCUCCGGCCGUCGAUUCCGCGGCCGAGCUGAGAUCCCAGAGCUUUCGGGAACCGGACGAGAGGUUCGGGGGCGAACCGGAGGGUUUGUCAGGUUCUGAAGGCAAUAUGUUUGAUGUGAGGUUGAAUUUGAGAGGAAAGAGAGGUGGAGGGUUGGUUUUGGAGCUGAACUCGGAGGUACUGUGCAUGAAUUCAGAGUUGUUCGCGGGGCUAAUCGAGGAGUACAGGAAGGGUUCAGUUUCGAGCGGGUCAUGUGGGUCGAGAAUGUGUAGAAUAGAGGUUCCGGAGGUGGAGAACUUGGCGGUGUUCAGGGAGACCAUAGAGCUUAUGUUUGAGGAUGAUAUAACAAAGCGCCUCCUCAACAUCGGAGUAUAUCGGACUAUAAAUGUACUUGAGAUGUUUUUACUUCAUAUUUCUCCGAGCAUCAAGGGGAAGUUAAUGAACCAAGGUAUAAUGUUUACUAAGGGUGUAAUAUCCUGUUUGAAGUACCUUGAGGCUGUUCCUUGGACUGAGGAAGAAGAGGGGAAACUAAGGAGCCUGUUUUCAAGGUUUAAGUUUGAUGACUCAACAACUAGAGACAUAUUGGCUAGACUAUAUAUGCUUGACUCAACAGACACGAAGCCAGAUUUAGCCAAACAACUUGUUUGGUCUAUCACCACUUGUACAGAUGCCAAUGCAAGGAAUGAGCUAAAAACAUUAUUCAAGGGUCUUCUUUGCAAAAGUUCUGUCUAUGAGAAGAACCAUCCUGAACUCAGUAAGGAGGAUAUUUAUGUUAUCUGCUUAUCAUGUUUAGAUUCACUUGUUAACCUGUUCAAGGAGGCUUCAAGUACUUUCUCUCCUGAGAAACCAGUGAUGAAGGAGACUGGUAAGCCUUUGAUAGAACGCAUAUCAAGACAGGUAGAUAACAUUAACUGGCUGCUAGAUAUCCUUCUUGAUCGGCAAAUGGCUGAGGAGUUUGUGGAUAUAUGGGCUGAUCAAGGAGACUUGCUUAGAAUGCAUGAGAAUGCAUCUCCAAUGGUCAGGUAUGAGAUUAGUCGGGUUACAGCAUUUUUAGUCAUUGCCAUGGGGACCAGAAAACUGCACUGUCGGUCAGAAUCAAGAUCAGGACUCCUCCAGGCUUGGUUUGGUCCAAUGUUGAUGGACUUUGGUUGGCUUCAGAGAUGUAGAAAAGGGCUGGACACGAAGGCAUUGGAGGAAGCUAUGGGUCAGACUCUUCUUACUCUUCCCUUGAAGCUGCAGUAUAUGUUGUUUAUGGAAUGGUUCCGAAAUUUCUCAAAACACGGUUCUGAAUGCCCUAAUCUGAGUAAAGCCUUCCAAAUUUGGUGGCGUCGGUCAUUUCUAAGAGGCUCAGAAACUAAUGCAAUUGAAUCUAGGUAAGUGUUUUCUCAUCAUUUUCCACUUCCUAUAUUUUCUAGUGUAGGUGAAGAAUUCUGAAACAUCCGGAGGAAGUGAAUAAUGUAGAUCAACUUUGUAAAAUUGUUGUAACAGCUAUUAGAGCAUAAAAAGGCAGCAUAUAACUUCUGUGAUUAUUAUCGCUUGCCAUCUUCCUUGUCCUAGAAAUUCAAUGGAACGUGAGAGGGGUUCAAAAGGGGUAGUUCUUGGGGGUUUUCUUCUUAUGGUGGCAAUUGGUAACAACAAGGCUUUGCUCAUCGGAGCCAUCAAAUAUGCUUAAGCCAACUUAUCAAGGCAACAUUCUUUUGGUUA